CUAGCUUAACAUAACAACGUUGCCAUUAAUGGAAGCUCAUCUUUAACUCACUGUCUCUUUUGUCUACACAUUUAACACGUUCUGUGCUUUCUUCCUCGUGAAUUUAGAGGAACAUGGCAGUGGCUCCAAUAUGUUUCAAAAUGUGUUACAAAGACCCAACUGUAAACAAGGACAUGAAUGUUUGCCAUUAUUCUGUUUGUACUUUAGUAAAACCAAACAAAAACGUGCUGAAAUUUACAAACCAUUUAAGAUAUAUCUCCGCAAACGCAUCAGAAAGCGAGAAACCUUCCAGGUUCACAUCAAAGUCUAGUUCUAAAGAGAAGCAGCUUGAAUCACUUGAUUCUUACUUUGGAAAAUCCAAAGAGGACACGAAUCGGUAUUCUUUAAGUACUUCAAAAAAUAACGAUAUCGCAUCCCCUACUAGAGAAGAUUUUUCCGAACCCAAAAGAUUUCUUGUCAGAAAUGCACAAGUAACACAAGUGAAAGUAGAUGAUAAUGGUGAUUUGAAGAGUGAUUAUGAUGAUACUUCUGGCCUCUAUAUAAUAAGCGCAAUGGCUUCAAUAAACAUUGCAGUUUAUCUGUUUGAAAUUGCCAGCCCAAUAAAGGACACCGAUAUGGAACUCUUCUCACUUCCGGCACUAUAUGGAGCUAAGAUAAAUCAUUUGAUCCUAUAUGGAGAAUGGUGGAGGCUACUCACCCCAAUGUUUCUGCACACGGGGAUUCUUCACAUCGGGCUUGGUAGUUGGGCGCUGCUCACAUUUGGUCCUCCAGUUUGCAGAGCAUAUGGCCCGUUCACGUUCUUCUUAAUAUAUAUACUCGGGGGACUCUCGGGUAACUUGACCAGCUUUCUUCACACUCCUGAUCCAACUGUCGGUGGAACAGGACCAGUGUUUGCUAUAAUAGGUGCUUGGCUUAUUUAUCAAUAUCAAAAUAAGGAUGGCAUGAGGAAGGAUGUUUUUGAAAGCAUGUAUCAGAAGGCAAUCUUUGCCACUGCUUUUGGCUUUGUUUUAUCCACUUUCGGUCCAAUCGAUGACUGGACACAUUUCGGGUCAGCGUUCACAGGCAUGGCUUAUGGAUUCGCUACUUGCCCAACAAUACAAAUAGACGAUUCAGCGUCAUCUACACCAGAAAACGGGAAAGAAAACGGAAUCACUCUCAUUCAACGAAAUGUGGAUCCUUGUAAAUCACUUCUAUUUUUCACAAUUUUUGUUCUAGUUUUGAGUUCCUUGUUUAUCAUGUUUGAACCUCCACUAGGUUCAUUAGUUAUAGACACCCUUGCUUAAUCCCAACUCCAAAAAAAAGGGCAUGUAUACAUAUGUAACAUAGAGUGCUAUAAAAUGAAUAAAUUUUGUGUGACAAAAA